AUGCGUGGAACACAACCUCCUCCUAAGCAAUACCUUCGUCCGCCUUCAGAGGCAGCUAGAGGCACCGUGGAUGCGAACACGAUCGCGAAGAUGACAAAUAGGGGACUUCGUUCUUGUCAGUAUAGGAGACCGCCGGAGGAUGCUGGUAACAAAGACGACUUGCAAUGCCCAUGUCUGGACAGCUUAUCGCCUCGACAUCUUGAUGGCUGCGAAUCCAGCCCCGCAGAUGACCGCAAAGUAAGCGACGACUAGGUUGGUAAAAUGCUGUUCUGAUAAAUGUGUUUGAACACUGCCUCGACUACAACAACCAAAUGGUCCGGGGUAGCUGAUGAACUGCAGGUCCCUUACGACAUCGCCACUGUCGAGACAUGAUGGUGCCAACUGUAAAGCAUCGUCCAUCCCACCGCGAUUGACCUUCAUGGCGGCGUAUGCCGCCAACAUCAGGAUUGGUUCAAAGACAAUGACGACGAAAUCUGAAAUUCGCUCUCCAUGAGGGACAGACUACACACAGCUUACCUCAACCGCGGAUCCAACGCAAAAAGGCGGCCAUCUUCGAAUGUCGUCGUUGGCGCAAUGGAGUUUGCAGGAGAUAAAGGAGGCCUGCAUAAAUAGAUUGCAAGGCCGAGAAUAUACAAGAAGAUGCGGAUAGCAAUAAAGCGAAGAAUACAAAGGGUUCGAGCACCAAAGAAAACGCACCGCAGCUCGGUUUCAACGAAACAAGACUACUUAGAGAUAAUUCGCAAAUUAUUAUGCGCAGAAUUGAACGCAUCAGGAUAUUUCUCAACCGGCCAUCCAGAGACUCUCAAAAAUGGAACCCAACGUCAAAUGCUACCGCCAACGACUGCGCUGGAGCGUCUACUUUGCGAUAAUGGAGGAUGAGAAACUGUCCAGAGGGUUUUUUCAGCGACGUCGCAACGGGUGCUAGUCAACACGGAGGAGAGAAACGAGUAAAAUGCGCACUCUGAAAAGUUCUUUAAUGAAUAUGGAAAUAAACCUGGGGCCCUAGAACGACCUCGACUUGAAUCGACCGGCAUGGAGACCAACCGAGAGCACUGCAAUUGCAAUCUACGAAACAGACCGGAUCGUCACCGUUUAAGCAAAAAGAACGACUCGCAAGUCUCCCACCUAGUAGACCAACAAUUCGAACGGACAACAGCCCUCAUCAUGUACACAGUGUAAGUCAACAUUUCACGCACGGAUCGGCCCUGUCAGACGUCUCAGGAUCAAAUGCACUACCAACGCGGCAUUUCUUCUACCCUCAUCCGCAUUGCCACAAUCCUCACAACGUCGACGACCGUGACGACUGUCGACCGAACUCCGGAUGUUCUGUCGUCUAGCACUACAUCCACCAUCAGUACUACAAGCCCUGCACCGGCGACAGCGGCGACAACAAUCAUUACUACUACUACUACUACUACUACUACUACUACUACUACUACUACUACUACUACUACUACUACUACUACUACUACUACUACUACUACUACUACUACUACUACUACUACUACUACUACUACUACUACUACUAUUACCACCACCACCAGAGAUAA